AUGACGGACAAGGGCUGCCUUUUCCCCCUUGCCAGCCUGAGGCUUCUAUCUAGCGGCUACGGGGCAGGUCCGACGCGUCGCGAGGCCCCUGUCUCGGCUAACCGUCCAGUCCACGCCACGCGGCGACCUGGCUGCACCCGGCUUGCUCCAUUUACAGCCCAAUCUGGAUCCGAAAUGUUUCGCGGUCAUAUGGAAGCUGAAGAAUGGAUCAACCAUCAGCCGGAUAAGAAACAGUAUCAAAGACCCGCGGGACAGGGGAAGAAGACUACUCCAUCUGGAUUAGAAACCACCCCGGGACCACGGUAUCGAUGCCCCGCGGGCCGCCAUGACGCUGCCAAACCAGACACGCCCCAGGAUUCGUUCGACAGUCUUCUUGCCUUGAGCCUCGCUUUUCAUCAAUCGUCUGCGGCCCCGAUGAACACGCUCACGAGAUCCAAAGCGCCCCGCGACUCGUUAACCGACGCGAUUGCGCAGAGCAGAGAGUAUGACGCAGAAAUCCUACCAAACCCGACGAAGAAGAAGUCCGGAUGGUCGAAAAUGAUAGGCUUCGGCUCGAAAAAUAAAUCGAAAAGCAAAGACAAGCAAGUUCUAGAAGUAACACAAUAUCGAGAAGAGGUCGAACAUCCAGCAGCUUCCUUACCUCCUUCGAAUCAGGGCUCUCCCGCACGCGAAGGAGAACGCGAGCUUUCUGCAGAGGAGGCCCAAGGGUUGGAAAUGGUGCUCUACGAUGGUAUUGCGCCCAGUGAAAACGCCAGUCCCGCCGAGCAAGUUGCGCAAGGUCGAGACCCGAAUCGCCGCCAACGAGGUGCGAAAGGUAGGGGCUCUAAUCGCGGUGGCCAAGUUCCGCAAGGUGGAAGCCCCGGAUACAACGACUACGGUGCAGGCACUCAUGACACUCCAGUCUCUAAUUACCCAGCUCUUACCUACGGUGAAAGUACUCAUGACAGUCCAGGCUAUGCCCCACUUUAUGAUGCCUACGGUCAAAACAGCUAUAACACUCCAAGCUAUGGUACCUCAUCCCCUGACUACAGCUCAAUCAGAAACUGGGGCAAUCCCACGAGCGGCGGUUUUCAGGAAUCGUACCCCGAACAUUCAUACGCGAAUGACCAAGGUUACCAAAAUUCGCAGAACAACUACCGGGUUGUACCGCCCCAAUCCAGCCCUCUACCUGCAGAUAUUCAGCAAAGCAUGAACCUUCUUGAUCUAAAUGGCCACCCAAACGGUCAAGCCAAUUGGGUGAAAUAUUAUGGCCACCAGGCUGACGCGCUAUGGUUUUCACGAAACCAUCAAAAUUAA